AUCACUCGCAAGUACCACCGAACGACGACACGAAAAAAAACUCGGCUUAACUAACAAGCGUAUUGUUGUCCUUUUCAAUUUCAACAAUUGGGUUAAAUUGCCUUUGAUUGGUCAGUCAUGUGCUAGAGAACAACAUACAUCGACAUGGAAGAUCGGCUAAAUAGUGUUAGAAAAUAUUUCAAAAAAAAAUCCAACGAUUCGGAAUUUGUUCAAAGGUUCGGCGGGGUGCCACAAAUUGGCUUCCGAAUUUCGUUUUGUGAGAGUACUAAGGAACUUAAAGUGAAAGUUAUAGGUGCUAGGCAACUGCCUACUGACUAUGGUAGUGUUAAACCUCAAGGGUACUUAGUCAAGGUAACAUUCUACCCAAGUAAACAAAAAUUCGAAACCAAAACAGCGAAAGACUCAUGGCCAACGAUCAACGAAGAAUUUUCCUGUAUUUUAUUACCGGUAAAGAAAAUCGAUGAUUUCUUUAAGGGCCAGUUUAUUUCUUUUACUGUAUACGCUGCUCUAGGAAAAGAAGAAGAGGAGCAAAGGCAGAAGGAAAAGCCGAAAAGUAUAUUAAAAAGGUACUUUUCAUUUAGUGAUGGCGAAGAAAUUAUUUCGUUAAGGAACAAUAGUUUUAGGAGAUCUGGCUCUCAGAGAAGAAGUAGUUAUAAUAAUAGUUUGAGCAACAGAAGGACUGUAGGAGCUGUGACUUACAAUUUAGAUAGGAAAUUAUUUACUCAAAAGCUUAGGACAGGCGAGAUAAGCACGCCAGAUAUUUGGAGAAAUAUUACCGAGAUUACUAGUGGAAUACAAACGCAACCGAGAGAUGGACCAAAAGGUAGCAUAGAACUGACUCUACAAUAUGGAGUAAGUGAAGAUGGAACCAACGAUGUAGUGGAGGUCACAGUGACCAAAUUUAGAUGUAGUUUACAAACGAAUGCAACUUCAUGAGAAAAUUGGAGGCCAGUUUGUAUAUCAAAAUCACAGCUUUCGAAGACGAGGACCUUGUACAAAAAAUGAAAAGCGACAAGUUCGAGCCUACCAUCAGUUUAAAGCUAGAGGCCAACACGGCCACUUUAAGAGCCACAGUAGACAAAUACAAUUUGGAAGAAAUGAAGAUUCUCAUAAGACUCAUGUCCAGAAAUAUUGUAGGAAAGAAAACCUUAUUAGGAAAGAUAGAAAUUGACAGGAAUAGCAGCUUUUGGAAAGAAAUUGUCGCCAAUCCUUCAGUCGCCAUUACGAAGAUGGUUAAUUUUGAAUAGAUUUUUUUUAUGAAAAAAACAGUUUAUAGCUGAUAUAUUACUCCUUAACAGUAUAUGGAAUUUAUAACGCAAAUUCAGACGAACUUAUGAGUUACGAAUUGUUCCUCAAACUUUUUUUAAACAAUAAAUUUAAAUAGAAAGCUUUUACAAAAACACUGUUGACUGUCUUUCUUGCACUUUUUAAUAUCUGUAAUUGACUAAUAAUAGAUCAGCUACAAAUUACACCAUUUUUAUAUUGUUUUUUAUACAAUGGUAUUUUACCUGUUUCUUAAUUUUAUUUUAGAGUAACUUUUGUUGUAUAAGUAAUAAUAUUUGCUCACUUUUACUCUAUAUAGAUAUUAGAUUUGUGUGUGACUGUAUUUGAUAAAAAUAUUUGUUUUGAAUUUUUGGACUACGUUCAUAUGAAAUACAUAACCUUAUGCUUCAAUACUACCCAAAUAAGUUUAUUUAUAUUUUAGAAUUAAGACAUCUGACUCUCCUUUCCCCUCCAAAGUGAAUAUUCACUCAUCCUAGAACGGGAUAUCUAAGGAGGUUGUCUUCAAUAAAUACCUACUUUGCAUUACUCAUUGUCUUCUUAUUUAUAUCUCAAUAUCACCUUAUUUGGAUUUUGGUUGUAUUUAACACACCAACUAUUCUUGCUAGGUAUCGACCUAGUCUUCUUCUUAGGGUGCAUGUCCGUUCCGAACGUUGGCAAUCAUUCUGGCUAUGAUGAUUUUGUUUGGUUGCUAUAUGAAAUAGCUGUUUGAGAGUCUUUCUAUACCAUGCUCUCAGGUUAGCAAGCCAGGAUAGUCUUCUUCGUCCUGAGGCUCUUUUUCCUUCAAUUUUACCCUGCAAAAUGCAUUGGAGUAGCUCGUAUCUGCCUUGAUUUCUCAUAAUAUGUCCCAAGUACUCCAGCAAUAAACCUGAUUUAUUAACUAGUAUAAGAACUAGUCUGUUAUGUGCCACUGAAUUGCUCUUUGUGCACAGUAUAGUCUUGGUAUAGCUUGUUCUUGUCAUUUUUAAAUAGACUAUCAGGGAAAUAGUAUUGGUUACAAUCUAUAGAUUAAGCCUUCUGUUAAUAGAGUGUCUGUCCUACUGAGUCAGCCGUUUCUUAAGAUCAGUUACGAUAAAUUCCUAUCACUCCACGGUAAAUGUUGAAUCGUUUCUUGGAUUUGAUAUCCAUAUUGACAUAAGUUGCAGGGUUAACAUUUUUUAUAAAACUAUCAGUUAAUCCAUCACUGCUGUCUUCAUCUAUGACAUCAAUAUUCUUGACUCUGCGCGACUUUGCAAAAUGGUUUAAAAUCUCACAUUACUUACAUUUCUUUUCAUACGCUGGGCAUUCUUUGGUCCCCAUGGGUUAAUUGACAUCGUUUGCACUUAAAUUUUUUAUUAACAUUGGCUUCGUAUUGGCUUUAAUACUUUUAGAGUUACUAUAGUUUCUGUGGCCCUGGAACUUAUCUUUAUUGCUUUCUUUAUGAAGUUCUCCUAUAUCCACAUCUAUUCUUUCUUUGUGAAAUUUCAAAUUUUGGUUCUUACUUUGCUCACUAGUUCUACAAAAUUCGAUGUAAGAAACUGCUCAAAUAACUCUCCUUCUUUGUAAACCCCUGGUGAUAAAAUUGUAUCUUUUAAACGAUUCGUUCAUUCUUAGAUUAACAUAUUUGUCGAUUAGUGACACCAUCAAGUCGUACUUAUUAGUUUCGGCUUCUGGGACGGCGAAUGUGGACAUAACUUUGGCAAACUCAGUCCCAAUUAUUUCUUAAAAUUGACAGUUUUAUUCUAUCUGCUAACUGGCCUUGUCCUUUUGAAACUGGUUUUCCAAAACUUCCAUUCUCUUGCCGCAUUUUGACCCUGUAGGUCAAAAUCUGGUGGAAAUUUUACACUUAUUCCCAUUGCCAUUUUAAGUUAUGCUACCCCGUACCUCACUACUUUCUCCAAGUUGGUUUUUAUGAUGAAAUUUAGUUUAUACUAUUUAGUAAGUUUUAUGACUAACAAAAAGCUUUGUGUAUUUCAAGAUAAGCAAACUAAAAUGUUUCCCAUUGUUGUUUGCGUCUUUGAAGGCUUUCGCCUGUCUUUGUUUACUGACAUACCUAUUAAUUUGACCCAAAUCUUCUUUUUGGAUUAAACAGUUGCGAAUAACACUCUAGAUCUACAGCACAUUGUUGUUUUUGAUCGCUGCACUGACUUGGCCAUAAUAAAUAUUAUGCUUAUUAUUAUGCGAAUUAAUGCUUUAACAAUACAGAAAUUCGGAUUUUUCUACUCUUUUGAAACCUACAAAAGUAGCUGAAACCACUAUAAUUCGUAAACAAAUAUUGAGGUUUCAAUAUUUGUGGUACAAUCUAUAUACCUAUUCGUCCAAUGACUUAGGAGUAAUGUUGUAUAAAAACAAAGAGGUCAUAACAAGCAAUGAGGACUCAACUGAACACCUGAGAUCCUUAAGGAACGACUCGUAUAAUUACUAGACGCUCACUUUGCCAUUCCUAAUACCAUUCGAUCAGAUCUGCACACAUGCCUGGUUGAAAAACUCCACCUUGCUGGAUUGCCCUCACCUUUCGUUAAACUAAUAAAUUUCUAUCUCUUCAAUCGGACGUUGGAUCAAAGUUGGCAACAUUUUAUCCUAACCCUUUACUCCACAAGCUGGAGUACCCUAGCUCCAAAUACUAUACACAGUCUAUAACAGUGACAUCCCUUGCCCGCAGUAUAGAUCGGAAACCUUUCUUCUGUAUGCUGAUGAUACUGCUCUCAUCACGUCGGGGCCACAUAGAGAGCGUGGAGAAAUGUCUGUAUUCAAAAGAGCUCAAAACUAUCUAAAUCUGGUCAUUAGGUGGUGCCAUAAAUGGAGAAUGACUGACUAUAAACGCCUCCAAAACACAACUUAUAUAUUCAAAUCUUCCAACUGUCGUGAUGUUCAAGGCGGAAUAACCGGA